AUGGCUUUGGGAAUUUUCAUAUUUAUGCUUGUGCUUCCUUAUAUGUAUGCUGGUGAUAAAGAGCUUGUUCUAUCUCAAAUAAUAUGGAGACAUGGUGAUCGUUCUCCUACGAAAACAUUCCCUAGUGAUAUUCAUCAAGAAGGCGAUUGGAAAUUUGGUGGCGGUGGAUGGGGACAGCUAUCUCCUACUGGUAUGCGACAGCAUUUCAAUCUUGGAACACGUUUAAAGAAUCGUUAUGUAUCAAGUGGUUAUCUGAGUCCUUUCUAUAACUCCAAAGAGAUAUACGUGAGAUCUACUGAUGUCAAUAGAACCGUCAUCUCUGCCAUGUCCAACUUAAUCGGAAUGUAUAGUAACCAACAGAACAGAGUUGGAAUAGAUUAUCCUGAUGUUCAAGGCUGGCCAGCCAAUUACGUUCCAAUUGCAGUUCACACAGUUGAUGAUGAUAGUGACUAUAUUCUCAAUGCUGAUGCUACAUGUAUGAGACAAACGAAACUAUGGGACAUGGCUAAAACCUCUGAUGAAGUUAGAGCCUUCGUUAAUCAAACUACUACUCAACAAGUCCUUGCCACUACCACCAAGAAUUGCAAUGAAACAGUUGACAUUGAUAACCUAUGGAUCAUCAACGAUGCUAUUUUUAUUGAGGGUAUUCACUUCCCUAACAACCCCAACACUUGGGUAACCGCUGAUUUGGCUGCUAACAUCUCUCAAGUGAAUGAUAAGGUUGAAGAGUUCCAAAAUGGAAUUUUCGACAAGAAAGUUGUCAUGAACAAUCUUGAUAUUGGAUUGGAACUCCAGAAGUUGCGUGGAGGUUCCUGUGUCAAUGACGUUCUAAUGCACAUGAACUUGAAGAAGGACUGUUAUGGGAAAUCAACAAAUGCAUGCAAAUGGAUCAAUAACUUGAAAUACUAUGUUUAUUCAGCUCAUGAUACAACCAUCUAUGCUUUCCUCACUUGUUUCGGAAUUGAACUUAGUGCUGUCAAAACCGGAUAUCCUCAUUACUCAGCUGCCGUAUUGACUGAGCUUUACAGAGAUAAGACUACAAACGAAUUUUCAUUCAAGAUGUUCUAUCACAGUGAUGAAGGUCAAGACUUUAGCAUUUUGAGUGAUAAGAUUGAUGGAUGUACUCAAGAUUAUUGUGAUUUGAAACAUUUCUCAGAUGUAGCUGCACGGGUAAAGCCUGACCGCGAUAUGAAUGAAUGGUGUAAUGUAGAUCCAUCAUACAAGUCAGGCAAUUCUUUCUUCACAGCUGGAAUCAUCGCUUUCGUGGCGCUCAUCCACCAGAUGAUGUAA